AUGACUUUUACAGUGUCAUAUCCCUUCACAUGGAUCUUCAGGUUGAUAACUAUCAUCGCCAUUGCCUCGUGCCAACUGCCCACUGAAGUCGAACAAGCACAGCUUCUGGAGGCCCAUUUGCAAGCCCGUGAAAAUGUGUAUCCUCCGGCCAGCGAUAUGCUUCUGAUGGAGUACUCCAAGGAGCUAGAGACUCUAGCGGAUUCGUGGGCUAAAGAGUGCAAUUUUAGCCUUCCAAACUUGGAAAUUCACCCACAGUAUCGUGAUCUUAUUCAAAACACCGUGCUUAUAAGUGGUGUUAAACCACCCUUCACCGAAGGCCUUUGCAGUUGGAGGAAAGAAGCAGAAAAAUAUAAUUACCAGGACAACUCCUGCAGCGGGGUUUGUGGGCACUACACACAGAUGAUUUGGGCAACUACUGAUAAGGUCGGUUGUGCAAUGCGGCAAUGUGAUGGUCUUCGCUCCGACUGGGACAAUCCGCAAUACCUCAUUGUGUGCCAGUACAGCCCUGGAGGGAACUACGUUGGGCAAAAGCCAUAUGAGUACGGGCCCAGCUGCAGCAAAUGCCCCAGAGGGCACUCAUGUUAUCGUAAUCAGUGCAUCAAACAGCCUACAUGCAAUCGCGUGCACCCAACAUUGAAGUUGAAAAAUUACAAGGAUCGAGCUGCGCCGGAAUGUGUGGUCUUCAAGGACUGA